AGCUUUCGACGGUCCGGCUCGCGGUGUCCCGGGCAGUGCGUAACAAACUCGGGCGCACGCGCGCGCAUUGCAAAUUCACCAACCGACCCAGCGCCACCGACGUUUUUUUUUGAAAUUUUUUUUUUUUUUUAAAUAAUCAUUCCGCCGUCGCGGAAGCGCAUUGGAUCUUGGAGAUUUCGCCAAUCGCUUUUCGUCCGUUUCCUAUUCCGUUUCGUUCGCACUCCUGUUUCGGUCGCCGGCAUGAAAACGUUCCCGUUGUUCGCGGCGUUCGUCGUCCUGUACUGCUGCUGCUGCUGCUGUUGCCCGUCGCUCGCGGAACAACAACGACCGUCACCGCGACCCGCCGCGGCCGACCAACCGAUCGAUCCGUCCCUGGACGUUUUGGCCGACAACGUUGAGGAUGAAGACCGGGAGAAACGACAGUUGUCCUUCGUCCAGAACAAGCUGUUGAAUUUUUUGAAACCGUUACCGGUGGUCGACGUGACCAAAGAAGAAGAGAAGUACGGCAACGACGGUGACAAGUUCAACAGGUUCGGAAGAGGCUUGGUCGGCGGCGUGGAAACCCUGUCCAGUAGGCUCACUUCAGUACUCUCGUUUCCCGUGGACACGGCGAAAAAAUUGUCCAGGUCCGCCACCGAAAUGCUGAACAAUUUGGGCGGAAGACUAAUAGGAUUGCAAUGAUGAUAACAUAAAUUAUUAAUAGUAUAACGCUCAUUACAUUAUAGUUGUCAUUUUAUUAAGAUUGCAAAUGAUUCGAUGUGGGUUUUAGAAUAAGGCUCGAGUUCAUAAAAAAAUAUAACUUGUCACUUGGUUGUUAUUUAAUCGAGACAAAUAAUGUUAUUGCCAACAAAUAAAUCAAUUUGUUCUUA